AGUUAAGUGAAACAGAAAGUGAUGACUGCAACACAGAUGUAUGUCCGAUUGUAAGCACCAUUGUGACAACAAUUGAUGGUACUAGUACUACUCUAGAUGGCGGCUUUUUAUCAACAACAUCUUCAUAUGAAGGUACUAUGACAACUAAAAAUGAUACUAUACCUAUGACUACAAAUGAUGGUGUAACGACGACAACAGAUGAAAGUACAAUAUUGACAACAGAAGAAGCUACUACGACAGCUCCAAAUAAAAUAACAUUAACAGCUACAAAUGAUGGUGUUACGACAGAUGACGUUACAAUGACGACAACAGAUGAAGGAACUAAAAUAACUACAAAUGAAGGUACUACCACAACUACAGAUGGUAGUGCUAUAACAUCAACAGAAAUAAGUGGUUUGACAGCUACGGAUAAUGGUUCUGCGACGUCUACAAAUGAACGUACUUCGACUGCUACAAAUGAAGGUACAGUGACAUCAACAAAUGGAGGUAGUUUGACAACUACAAAUGAAGGUACUGCGACUGCAACAGAUGAAGAUACUCUAUCAACUAAUUCUUCCAAUACAUCUAUUUGUCAGUUUGCCCAAUAUUCCUGCUUGGACACAUCAUCCUGUAUUGAGGAAACCGAGGUAUGCGAUGAUGUUGCAAACUGUCCUGAUGCAGAUGAUGAAGAAGAUUGCGGUGAUAAUUCCCAGAGUAACAGUGGAUUUCUAUUCAACCUUUUUGGUGGUCAGUCGGGGUCAGUGACUGUUGGUUUCUCAAUAUUUCUGUUGAUUGCUUCACUCGCAGUCCAUAAUAUGUGAAGUCCCUCAGGAUAUAUCCUGGUCAACUAAUAGGCCAACGCGCACAAUAUAGCGUUUUGGACAAUGAUAUCAAGAAGGAGCUCAUAAAAUAAACAUCAAUAGAACAAUGGUGUGGGUGAGGAAUUAAAGUAUCCGACCAUGAUGUGAGCCAAUGGUGACUGGUUGAUUCCAACCUAUCUUGGAUUCAAGAUAUCGUCAUCGAGUAUAACGUAUUUGAAAUUAGGAUAAGUUUGAAAGAGUGACAUAAAGAAACACGAAAACAAACAUUAGUGUAUAUCGUAUUAGCCAUUAUGUAACUAUUGUGGUAGAUUCGUUCAGGUCGACCCCAUUUGAUUAGAUGUUUUGGGGACACAGAAUGAAAAUGUGACAAUUUAUAAUUGUCGCCUUGAACUGGUCGGACGAAAUACGACAUACACAUAAGUGAUCCAAUAACUUUUAUGUCUACAGAAACUAGAUGAAUGCAAAAUAUCCAUAAGCGCUAUACCAACAAGAAAUGACUAGUUUUGGUUUUGCGUUGAGUUUAGCUUUAUAUAAUCAAUUCGUAUAUAUAAUGUUGUAAAAUAUUUUUAUCGAGCAGUUGUGUAUACUAAUCUUUGACUUUAAUGCAUGGAUAUUGAUAUUAAAAAUAAAAAAUAUAAUUGGUUCCUAACACCCCAGUUACAUUUCC